AGAUCAAAGAAAUGUUCAGAUUGUGCAAUAUUACCAAUGGUUCCGGUUUGUCGCGGCAAAUUGGAUAGAGGUUGCUAGACAGAAAUCGCUGCAGAGAAUCACGAAGGCAGUGGAACUCGACAAGGUAGCUGAGGUUACCGAGGGUACAAAGUACAGUACUUCAGCUGUCGACGUGUGUUGCUGCUUUUCACAGAUGACUGAGUUUUGGAAGCAGUUGAAUUGGCCAGACCUCCUGGAUGCUUUUCCAUUGGUUCAGAAACUGUCAGAGGACAUUAGCAAAGGUGCGGUGACAUACGCUGAUAUGAUACACCAGAAACUAAAAGAUGAAGGUUACUAUGACGAGGUUGGGCAGUUUGAUGUCACAGAACAGCUAUGCAUUACAAUAAACAACAUAGAACAGGUCCGUCGGGCGUUGAAGCCUCUCCCGGAGAUGUUGAGGUUCUCUGACAUACAGCGAGCUGUUGAGUCGAACAACGGUACAGGAAAAGGCUACAAGUUCAACCUAAACACGAUCGUCAAGGAGGCAGACGAAUGCAUGGUGAAGAAAAUCAAGACAGUGGUGGAUAGAGUGGCGGAUAAGGUAAUACUAGUG